AUGAAAGAGUUAGAAAGUCAAAAAGACAAUGUAAACAAUGAUUCCUGCAAGAAAAUAAAAGUUCAUUUUAAGAAGCUAGCACCUUAUGCUCUUCAUUUUUUUAUAAUUGUUGCUGUUGGUAUAUAUGUUAUCGUAGGUGCUAUUGCCAUACGAAAUAUUGAAGCAAUUCCAAAAGAUUCUUUAAAUAAGAAAGAAUUCUCUAUGGAAUUCUUAAGUAAGCAAAAGAAUGGAAAUAAUAAAUUGUUGCUUAUAAAUAAUGAUGAAAUGUAUAAAAAUAGAAAUGAUAUUAUUGAUGAUUAUUUAAAAAAAAAUUUAAAUAAUGUUAAGUAUGAUGUUUCAAUGUUUACAUCUAAAAACAAUCAUAGUACAUUUAAAGAUGAUAAGAAUAGCUUUUAUCAUACAAAACGCAAACCAAGAAUGCUUAGAAAAAGACGUUGUGUUAUAAGUGCAUUAAAAACUAUCUCUAAAGGGAGUAAUUGUAAAGAGAAUGCCAUUAACAUUGAAAUACUCAAAAUUUUGGAUGAAUGUUAUAAAGAAGAUUUAUUACAUACAAUACAUGAAUCACCAUCUUAUGAACAUUUAUCAAUACAAACAAUGGAUUCAUCUCCUAUUAUCUUACAAAAAAAUACAACUGAAAAAGAUUUUAUUAAUAAUAAUACUAAUGAAGAAAAAAAUUUUUUUAAUGAUAUAAAUUUAGAAGAUUUAUUUUUUAUAAAAGAUUUAUUAUCUGAUGAUGAAAAUUAUACAUAUUGGACAUUAAUGGAUGCUAUAUUAUUUUGUUUUACAGUUAUUACAACAAUUGGUUAUGGUAAUACAGCACCCCAAACAACAGGAGGACGUUUGUUUGUUAUUUUUUAUGGGUUAAUUGGAGUACCUUUUACAAUGUUAGCAAUUGCUAAUUUUGGUAAAUUUUUAGCUGAAAUUCUUAAACAAUGGACAAAACCAAUGUAUUAUUGUAUUAAAUAUUGUUGGAGAUGUUGCAAAAAAAGAAAAAUUUUAAAUAAAUCAAAAAGUAAACAACAACUUAUAAAAAAAGAUUCAAUAAAUAGUUUUAAAGAAUCAGUUGUUGAUGUUAAUGGUAAUACAACAAAUAUAUUAUCAAUGGAAAAUAAGAACAAUGAUAUUGAAAAUAAAAUAAAAAAACAAACUAAAUUUGCUAUUGAAACAGAAAAAAUAGAAAAAAUUAAUAAUAGUAUUGUUGAUGAUGAUGAUGAAAGUGAAAUUAUACAAGAAGAAGAUCCUUUUGAAAAAUAUGGUGCAAUAAGUCUUUUUAUAGCUUUUGUUUUAUAUAUAGUUUUUGGUUCAUUUAUUAUAGCAUCAUAUGAACCUGAAAUGGAUUUUUUUAAAGCAAUUUAUUUUAAUUUUGUUACUCUAACAACAAUUGGUUUGGGUGAUUUAGUACCAAAAAGUCAACGAUAUUUAGCAGUUACAUUAUUAUAUUGUGUUAUUGGUUUAGCAUUAACAACAAUUGCUAUUGAAAUUGCAGCAGAUUAUUUAAGAAAACUUCAUUAUUUUGGUAGAAAAAUUGAUAAUGUUGGCAAUGUAGCAAUAUGGUUUGGUGGACAAAAACUUACUAUGAAACAACUAGUUAAAAAUUUGGGUGAUCAAUUUAAUAUACCAGAAAAUGAAUUAAAUGAAUUAAAUAUGAAUAAUUUUGUUGAUUCUGCAAUAAAAGUAGAAGCAGGUGAAUUAGAAACAUUAAGAAAACCAAAUAUUGAUCCUAAUAAACCUAUUUAUAUAACAGAUUUUCAUGAAAUUAAUGAUGGUGCAAGUGUUAUAUUUGCUGAUGAUGAAGAACUUUUAGAAUUUCCACCAUUUCCAAAUCCAUCUAUUGCACAAAAUAUAUUGCCAUCACGAUCUUUAAGCCCUUCUUUAGCUUUUUAUGAACAUGCUAUUUUAACACCAACACCACCGCCUUUACCACCAAAUGAACGAGGAUCGAUAACCUCAUAUGAAGGAAAUCUUUUUAAAGGUUUUAAAAAUGACAUAAUUUCAAAACACCAAAAUGUAAAAUAUUAUGACAAAGAUAAUAACAUAAGGAAAAAUAAAGAUUACUUACCAAAUGGAAAAUUAAAUGGUACUAAACAAUAUAGUGAUGAAGCAAGAAGAAGAUUUGAGGCAUAUCGACAACAAUGGCAAAAAUUUCGUGUUACACAGUGGGAAGAAAAUGAUACUAAGUCAAAAGGCUCUUUACAAAACAUUUCAACUGUAUCAUUAUUUAAAGAAAAACCAUCAUUAGUCACAAAAGAAUCUUCUUUGUCUUUAAGAAGUAGUAAAGAUUAUUCUUCAACAUCAAUCUCAUCAAUCACAAGCAAAUCUUUUAAAAUAGAUUUUCCACCAUCAACAAUAGCACAUGAUAAUAAUGUAUAA